CUUAGCGCCUGGGUGCAGUUUCUGGGGGAACACUUUGCAGAACGGAACGAUUCAGUGUCAUAGAGAGAAGAGAGAGAGGGGUGUGAUCGGUGUGCAGGUGUCCAGUGUCUCCCUCCCCAUAUUCCACCCAUGUGUACUCUGCAGCUGUCACAGCUCCGGACACUGACAGAGACGUGGCACACCACUGACAGGGGACAGUGACAGCUAUGAGAAUCCUCUUCCUGGCCCCUCUGAGAGCACACACCGGGAACUCCACCACUGCUCUCCGGAUCAAGAGUCACCUUGAAGCUGCAGGACAUGAGUGUGAUCUCCGAGACGCCUCUACUUUGGAGAGCCCAUUAGAAGUGGCAAGACUUAUUUCCCAGAAGAAGUUUGAUGCCGGGCUGGUCAUCCAUUUGUACAAAGCUGGAAAAUUAUUGCUGGGAAAUGGAAUUCCUUUCGGGGCGGUAUUUGGUGGGACAGACAUCAAUGAAGAUGUGAAAAAUGAAGAGAAAUACAGGGUUAUGGGAGCUGUCCUUGAAGAUGCCAGAUUCGCUGUGGCGUUUACUAACGACAUUAAAGAAAUUGCAGCAAAACACUGGCCACAAGCAAUCUAUAAAAUACACAUCCAACCUCAAGGAAUAAUGACGAAGCCAAACGUAUUAUUUAAUUGCGAAGACUUUCUUCAAAAUGCAGGAAUUCAACAGAUUUCAGAACAUUUACAUAUUUUCAUCCUGAUAUGUGGCCUCCGCAGAGUUAAAGACCCCCUCUUUCUGGUGGAUACGUUUGCAGGACACAGGAUCCAGAGACUGUUGUUUUAUACUGCCACCGAGUGGAUGAUAUUGAUACUGGUUAACCAAAAAAACACAGAUCGGCCUGAGUGGCAUAAAAGGGAACCAACUGUUCACUUGGCUAUUAUUGGACCAAUGGUUGACCCGCUGUUUACAAAUGAAGUCAAAGCCAAGCUCAGCAACCUUGAUGGAGUUCAUCUUAUUGAAGAAAUUCCACAAGCAGAUCUGCAGGCUGUAAUAAAGAAAAGUUUUGCGGUGGUAAAUAGUUCAGUGUCUGAAGGGAUGUCGGCAGCAAUACUAGAGGCUAUGGAUCUUGAAAUUCCAGUACUGGCAAGGGAUAUUCCAGGCAACAGUGCAAUAAUAAAACAUGAACAUACGGGUUUACUUUUUUCAACCCCCAAGGAAUUUGUCCAGAUGUCAGUAAGACUGAUGAAGGAACCAGAUCUAAAAAGGAAAAUUAUUCAUAGCGCUAAACAAUAUGUCUGCACUAACCAUUCUUGGGAACUUGAAAGAGAGACAUAUCAAAAACUUGUCCGAAAACUGACUGAACUGUGAUACAAAAGAACAUCAUCACAAAAUGUUGUUCUGGACUUAUUUUAUUUUAUUGUAUUUUUAUUAUGGGAUGUUAAAGGGAGUGCUGUAAUGUUUUUAUUUUGGGAACAAUGGACUACUUUAAACAAUUACCUCAUUGUGUUCCCUCUUAACAGUGAAGCUCUUUUCUCUUUUGGUGUUUUUCCUUUUCCUGUACUCUAUUUCCGAAACUAUAUUUUAAAUUGUAAUGGAUUCUUAUGUUUAACUUCUUUCAAAAAAGAUUAAAGUCAUGUAUUUUUGUA